GAAUGGCAUCGAUGGCAUUAUACCCAAAAUACCGCAAUCUCUUUUUAGUUUGUAUUUUAUGGAGAUGUAAAUUAAACUUGAAGAAAACAAAGAUCCCUCUCCCGACGAGAUUUCCGUUUCUUUCUGCGCAAGAACCUUGUCAGGCGCGUCCUCUCCACGCUCUUCAACGGCUUCAAUCACUUCUAUACACGCCUAUCCUUUUCUUCUUCUUCUUCUCCUUCUUCUUCCCUCUCUCCCUCUCUGUCUCUUUCUGCUUUCAAAGGGUUUUAGUAGGUGCUUUCCCUUUUUCUUAAACCCUACCUAGGGUUUUCACAAACUCCCAAUUCAACUUCUUUUUCCUUUAAUUACCCUGCAAUUUUCCACCAAUCAACAACUAUGAUUCAAAAUACCAAGAAACAGAGAAAAGGUUCAAUUAGUGAGGAAGAUAUCUCUACUCUUUUACAAAGGUAUACAGCAACUACUGUUUUGGCACUGUUGCAAGAAGUUGCGCAAUUUCCUGGGGUAAAGUUGGAUUGGAAUGCUUUAAUCAAGAAGACUUCUACUGGCAUUUCGAAUGCGAGAGAGUACCAGAUGUUGUGGCGCCAUUUGGCCUACAGAGACGUUUUACUUGAAAAAUUGGAAGAUGGGGCCGCUCCCUUGGAUGAUGACAGCGACUUAGAAUAUGAAUUGGAACCUUGCCCUUCUGUUAGUAGUGAAACUUCAGCAGAAGCUGCUGCAUGUGUGAAGGUACUGAUUGCUUCUGGCUUGCCAAAUGACUCAAGUCUUGCAAAUAGCUCAAUGGUGGAUGCUCCAUUAACAAUAAAUAUACCUAAUGCGAGGUCAUUUAGAGUGUCUUCCGAAAAUUUGCAGCCCACUUGCUCAAUGCCAGGGACGAACAUUACUGUUCCAGUUUCUGUUCAGAAAAAGAUUCUACCUUCAGUGACAUUGGCUGAAACAAUGGAAGGAAAUGGACCAGCUGGUGCAAACCUGCCUGCUCGCAGGAAAAGAAAACCUUGGUCAGAAGCAGAGGAUUUGGAACUUAUUGCGGCUGUGCAGAAAUGCGGUGUUGGGAAUUGGGCAAACAUCUUACGAGGAGACUUCAAGGGAGAUAGGACUGCUUCACAGUUGGCUCAGAGGUGGACUGUUAUUAAGAAGCGAUGUGGCAACUUAAAUGUGGAAGGAAACUCAGCAAUUCCCCAGCUUUCUGAGGCACAGUUGGCAACUCGUAGUGCCUUGUCCUUAGCCCUUGAUAUGCCAGAUAAAAAUUUAACUGCGGCUUGUACAAAUAACCCUGGUUUGAAGAUCAUGUCCAGCUCUGCACCUCCAACUGCUGGUGGUGAAGCUUCUGUUCAAGCCCAAAGCCAGGUCCAACAAGGUCCCCUUGCUUCUGUUGAAGCCCAAAUUCAGUCUCAACAAGGCCCUAUUGCUUCUGUCUCAUCCCGUAAUCGAUCUCAAGAGGGUCCUAUUACUUCUGCAUCUCCCCAAAAUCCAUCCCAGCAAGGUCCUGUUGCUUCAGUCCAAGUCCCAAAUCAGUCUCAACAAGGUUCCAUGCCUACAAAAACCUCCCCCAGGGGAUCAUCUGGUUCUACUUUGAAAUCUCGGGUUACCUUGAAAAAGGCCCCAGCAAAACCUUUUUCCACCACAGGUUCGAUCCUAGAUGCCACUGCAGUUGCUGCUGGGGCCCGCAUCGGUAGCCCAGAGGCUGCUGCAUCACUGCUGAAGGCUGCUCAAUCCAAAAAUGCAAUUCAUAUUAUGACUACUGGUGGCUCUUCUGUUAAACCUGUCAUACCAAGUGGAACCUCUUCCCAAUAUGUUUGUACUGGCUUAACAGCUGAAGCACACUCUUCUCCUGUUACAUCUUCUACCUUGCAUCCUGGUUCAGUAAAACCUGCAACGCAGAGAGUUGAGCUUACUUCAUCUGUUUCUUUGUCAAUAAAUGCACCAAUGCAGCAGUGUAAUGCUGUUACAUCUGGUACAGCUGUUGAAGUUUCUCCAAAGGAAGAUCUAGAGAUCAAGGGUUCUGUGUCAGACAGUUUGCCCAAAGAGCAGGUACGGGAAAAUAGAGCAUAUGUUUCAAAAAAUGAACGAGGUAAGGAAGUUAAAGAUCAUAAAGAAGCCUUGACAAACCCAGGAUCUGAGUUGAGGAAUAUCGUGGCUGAAGCUGAACAUCCUAACGAGAAAUUAAUGGUUGACGGCGAUCAAGUAGGUGUCAAAGCAAACCCGGUCGAAGAGAGUGUAAAUGCCAGUGAUAGUAAGGAUUGCUUAUUGGUUAAGAAAAGCACAACUCAGCCUACAGCUGAAGAGAGUUGCAGGAAUCAUAGCAUGACUGAGAUGCCGGCUAAAGCCAGCUCUUUAAGUGAUGGAUGCGCAAAGAAUCUUGAAGUUUUGAGCACAGCAGAAACUGGCCGAGCUACAUAGCGAGACAUAGCAUCUUGUUUAUAUUAAUACAUUUAUCCAUUAAGGUUUUCUAUCCUGCCAUUUUAGAAAAAAUAUAUUGUAGAUUUAUUUGGAAAAUGGAUCUCGUGAAAAAGAAAGAAAUUGCAUUCCACACCAGUGUUACUCUGGUAGUUGUUGUAGAAGAUAAUUGUGUACUCUUUUUGUGUCACAAAUCAUUCAUAAGCGGGAUUCAAUUCAAGACUUCUCCAGCAUUUGGAUUAAAA